CCCUCGCCCGCCGCUAGGCCCCGGAGAGGACGGGCUGGGGAGUCCGCGGAGUCCCCUUAACUGGCCGGCCCCGAGCCCGCCUCACGCUCCCGAGGCCGGGGGCCACCCCUCAUGCCUCUCUGCAGAAGCCGCUGUGAGGCACGAGUGGAUUCUGAGGAAAGCGCCGCUGCACGAGGCCUCCUCGGUUCCGGCGACCCGCUGGUCUGCGUGGACGGCGGAAGCUCUAGGGUCCCCGCAUCCGGUGCGCGGGAAGGAGAGAGGUGGGCGUCCCGGGCCGCGGCAGAAGAGGUCCCGAGCGCCCGUGUCCGCCCCUCGCGCCGAGCGCGCGCAACCGAACCUGUCGCCUCUGUCCGCGCUCUGAUUGGACGCAGCCCGGAAACCUGGGCGCUCAUUGGCCAGGGCAGAGUGUUCAUCCGCCGGGGCUCCCGGCCGCUUGUCAGCAAGCUAGGUGGCACGGCACGAUGGCCCGUCAAGGGCGCCCGGAAAGUGACCCUUGGACCCUGGCGCGGCCGCCAUUCAGAGACGUCCCAUCCUGCCUGGCGGAGAGAAACGAUCCCAUACUGUCAUGGCCCAGGGCACUGGCACCUGAGUGAGAAACCAGCUGAGGAUUCUGAGGGUAUCUGGAGAGAAGUGCCCUUCCUUCAGGUAAAACAGCCACUUUGUGCUUCCCAAGGCCUCCCCUUGCUCUCCUCCACACAACACAGCCUCUCUUCUGAAGCCCUCUUGAGCUACAAGGCUGAUCCCAUCUCCUAGUGCACUGGGACAGGGUUGGAGUUCCUGGGCUCUCUCCCGCUUCUACCAGGCCUGAGGGUCCUCCACACAGUGUCCACCUGUCCCCCAAUCCCCACACUCUCUGGUGCUUUAUGGAACAUCACAGCCCUCCACACUACCAGCAGUCCAUAAAACUGGAUCCCCUUUGCUUCCAGACCCUCCUGUGGCUUCCUACUGCUCUGAGGAACGUCAGGUGGGCCUUCACCAUCUCACUUUGCACCACAUCCUGGCUACCAUGCCAUUCCCUCAGAGGGAGUGGCCCCUCCCCCAAAUGCUCUCCCACAUUAACCAGCUCUAUUUGUUCCAUCCAGAAAGCUGUUGAUAAUUAUUCUGGGUAGAACCAGCCUCCCAUCUCAAGCAUAGGACUUUCCCAAGGUGUCCAGGAGACUACUUACUUCACUGUUUCCCUGUGGGGGAAUCCAUCUCCUGAGCUAAGGAAAUACAAUCCUGGGAGACAAGGUCCUGUCAGGCAUCCUAUUUCUUUCAUGGGGUUCAGUGUUUUGUGCAUAAUCCAAUGGACCCUUCAUAGAAAUGUCUAAUGGACAUGAAAUGAGAAGAUUAUCAGUUUCUAGGAAAGACAUGCAUCCUGCUAGGAAUGGACUACUUCCCAAAGAGAGCCCUAAAUGUUUUCACCAAAUAUAUACUUGGGGCCCCAAGCUGGGUUGAGAAUGAAUGAACUAAGAGUGUGGGCAGUCAUCAAGGUUCCACCCAUCAACUGCCUGGAAAAGCAACUCUGCAAACCUUGCUCCCAGAACCAUUUGUAUUCUCAGGCUUUUCCCAGAAAGUACCACUAGAGAUCUGAAAACUGCUCUUCUGCAGCUAGUCAGGACAUGCAGAGAGGGGCAGCUCAUGGUUUGUAGUUGAUAUCUUGGGCAGAGGCACCUACUGUUUCUAGCUGUGAGCUUUGGGAACUUCCUCUGUGAAAGACGUCAGGAGUGGGAGGCUCCCAAGGAUCAAAAUGUCAUGUGUGAUUUGGGUGCAUGCCAAGUUCCUCCUAACUUUGUUCCAUGACAAGCUUCAUCACUGAAUGUCUCCUGCUUCUCUGGGAGGAAGAGAACAUCUGGAAAAUUAUGACAAAAAUGAGAGGCAGCCACUGGCAUUUGUGUUCUCAUUUGUAGUUUCUGGUUUUUGUUUUGCCUUUUAAUUUUUUUCCUAGAAAAGAAAAACACAACCAGAGGAAUUUAUAUGACAAACUAUCAGUAUCAGAAUGGCAGGGGAAAGUGAAAGAAAGGCCAGAGGAACAGGAAGCUAGUAAAAGUGGGUUCCAAACCACAAGGAACAGUCCACAGGGUCAAGUCCUCAUUCACUUUGGCAUGCAUGUUUGGUGCCUGUUCUUCUGGCCUGCUCCCUCAGAUGUCAUGUUAGAGAGCUGGCCACACACUUCAGAAACCUGCCAAUGAUGAGCUCAGGACUUCACAGAAAGGUAGUCUUAAUUUAGCUCCUUGAUUUUGUGCUCAGGUAUCACCUGGCAGCUUUUCUUGCUUCAGAGAAGGGUCUGGAAGAAUGGGAGAGUCAUACUGGGGCACACUUUGGCAUCACAGCAGGGAGCUCCAAGCAGAUGCUUUCUUAUGGGCACACUUGGUCUUUAUCUGCAUGGGCAUUUGUCCACAUAUGCCCCACUCUUUCUGGCCAAAGAAAUGAGGAGGUAACAGUCUUGUAGUCACAGUUCAGUGACUGUAUUGAGUCUCCAUUCUUGCUCAAAAUGUCUGUUGUCUUAAGGGUGAGAGGAGAUUGGAAUUCAUCUCCCUUUCAGCUAGCACUAGACUCUCACUCCAAAGAAGCUCAUAAAUGAACUAGAAGAGCUUGCCUAUCUGGAUCCAAGCUGCAGGCCUCUCAAGUCCCACCUGCCUUGCCCCAGGUCUCCAGGCAAAACAACAAAAUAAACAAACAAACAAUAAAACUGGACCCAAGGCAAACAGAAUAGCUAGAGUAACAGCCCAGUAGCACACUGCAAGACCAGCAUACAUUCCAGAGGGGAGAGGGGCAUGCAGCAAGCUGUAGCCCCAAGUCACAGGCUAGGGGACACAUUGACUCUGAAGGCUACAGCCAGGCCUGCACAUCUGACAGGGUCCUGACACCAACCUGAUGGGCCUCUGGGUGGAGCACUAUUGUGGAAAGUGGAGGGUCCUGCCCUGCUUGGCCCCUGUGCCUGAACUGAGGCCAGGUUACAUCUCAGUGCCACAGUUCUGAGGAGCACCACGCUGGCCAGCCAGCCAGGCCAUAGUUCUCAGCCCCGCAGGGGCCACGUGGCCCUAGUUCCACAGAAAGGCCCCAGGGAGCCACAGCUGCCUGGAAGAAGGAGUCAGGACAGAAAGCCUGCAUUCUGUUAGAGAGACUGGGAGAAGUGACUAUAGGCUUAGAGGGAGCUAUGGUCCAAAAUAUUGCAGAGUGUAAGGGAUGGGCUCCAUUUCUGAACAACAGCAGCCAUAUCCCUGUUUUAGAAAGAGAGCAUGGCUGCUAAUGCUUGGUUUUGUUCUGUUUUCCACUUAAAACCACUCACAUUAAAAGGCGAAGGGGCUGGGGCACUCAGUUCCCUUCACUGGGGUCCUCGAUAGGAUCAGUGUCUUGCCUGGUUCUGCUUCCCUGCCUGGCUCCAACCACAGGAAGCCAGGGCAGGGCAGGAGAGCAGCUGUUCUGCUCCCCAACAGCAAUUCCUUCUCUCCAGAAAACCAGAACACACUUGAGGAGUGGCCCAGAGACUAAAGUGCAGAGAAUCCACAAAGUGGAUGGCUGGGCCUAGGGCACUCUAGAAGGAAUGAGGGAGUCAGCCCAGAUACAGAUGUGGCACAAAUGCUGGGCCUGGCAGAGUGAACCUGCAUGGCACAGCCCCUUCCCUCUGUACCCUGCUGGCAACUCUCUCAGGGACUGUCCACUACAGCAGCAACCCAGGAAAGUCCCAGUUCCAAAGACAUGGCCCACGGAGGGAGGAAACUUAUCUGACCAUCCCUGGUUGGAAGGAGCUAGUGAACAGGAAAGGAGCAGAGGGUUCUGGGAGGGGAAAGAGUGCAUUAUAUAAAAUCAUCCCAGCUCUGCAGAGCAGGG